AUGGGCGAGGAACGCAGCAGUGCUGAACAGGUAGCCAAAAGAACAUCAUCAACCUGGCGAGAUAAACUUCUCAGAACAGAAAAACAGUCCUGUAGAAACAAGGAACAGUCAAAUCCUGGGCUGGGGCGGGAUGCUAUCUCCAUCUUAUUAGAAGAGGCGUAUCAGAAUUUUGCAGAAAACACUAUGAAUGAGCUCCUUGGCUGGUAUGGUUAUGAUAAGGUUGAAUUAAAAGAUGGAGAAGAUAUUGAAUUCAGGAAUUACUCUACAGAUGGGGAGAGCCGACAGCACAUUUCUGUUCUGAAAGAAAAUUCUUUGCCAAAAACAAAAUUACCUGAAGACAGUAUUAUGUCACCGUACAAUUUAAACACAAACUAUCCAGGGCUUACCACAGGAAAUGGAAUCUCAGACUCACCAGCAGGAUCAAAGGAACAUGGCAAUGUACCCAUUAUUGUACCAUUAAUUCCACCACCUUUUAUAAAGCCACCAGCAGAAUACAGAAUAAUAGAGUUGGAAGAGACCUUUUGUGAUGGUAUUCUUACCGAAUAA